UUCGCUCCAUCCCUUCACAAACACGGAAGCAGCAUGGCGUCGAAUAGCAGCGGCACCUCUGACAGUCACCGGAUUGCACAGUACAGACUGAGCAUAAUUGCUGGACAUUUACAGAGACCGGUGGCCGGUAACACAGCCAUUGUAUCUGCGGAGUGUAAAGCGCAGGGAAGCAAACCAGACGUCUCCAGCGACGAGAGGACGGUGCCCAGGAGGAGACAGGAGAUUAUGAAAUGGAACGGCUGGGGAUACAGCGAUUCAAGAUUCCUCUUCAAUAAGAAAGGCCAAGCGGAAUUUACAGGCAAAAGGUAUCGAUUGAGUGGUAUGAUCAUUCCUGGUCUGAAAGAUUGGUUUGAAGGCACAUUCGGUGCCAGUCUGCUGCAUAAAACUCCGGCAGUACCCAUUCUGAAUAGCAGUGCUGUACAGACUCCAGCUCUAAAUGAGGCCUUUGUGGAGGAACUGAAAUCCACAGGUAUUCCCUUUUCUCAUGACGCAGAAGACCGAGUGUUUCGUGCUCAUGGCCACUGCGUACAUGAGAUCUUUGCUCUGAGAGAGGGGAAAGUUGGUCGUAUUCCAGAUAUGGUGGUAUGGCCAAACUGUCACAAUGAUGUAGUCAAAAUUGUGGAACUGGCGAGCAAACACAGUGUGUGUUUGAUACCAUAUGGGGGGGGGACAAGUGUCUCUAGUGCCCUAGAGUGCCCCCCAGAGGAAACUCGAUCCAUUGUCUCCUUGGAUACAUCGCAGAUGAACCGCAUUCUGUGGAUUGAUGAGAAAAAUUUAACUGCACAUGUUGAGGCUGGCAUCGUCGGUCAGGAUCUGGAGAGAUUGCUUAAUGAGAGCGGCUACUGUACAGGACAUGAGCCUGACUCCAUGGAGUUCAGCUCCCUGGGAGGCUGGGUAGCAACCAGAGCAUCAGGCAUGAAGAAGAACAUCUAUGGCAACAUUGAGGACCUGGUUGUCCACGUGAAGAUGGUUACUCCACGAGGUGUGAUCGAAAAGAGUUGCCAGGGACCACGCAUGUCCACGGGGCCAGACAUUCACCACUUCAUCAUGGGAUCAGAAGGAACCCUGGGUGUGGUUACUGAGGUAACAAUGAAGAUCCGUCCCGUGCCAGAGUAUCAGAAAUACGGCUCUGUGGUGUUUCCUAAUUUUGAGCAGGGAGUUGCCUGUCUUCGAGAAGUUGCCAAACAGAGGUGUGCUCCAGCAUCUAUACGGCUCAUGGAUAAUGAACAAUUUAAAUUUGGUCAUGCCCUGAAGCCUCAAGUAUCUUCACUUUUCACUUCCUUCCUGGAUGGGUUAAAGAAAUUUUACAUCACCAAGUUCAAAGGGUUUGACCCGAACCGCUUGUGUGUGGCCACCCUGCUGUUCGAAGGAGACCGUGAGAAGGUCCUGCAGCAUGAGAAGCAGGUUUAUGACAUUGCUGCAAAAUUUGGGGGCCUGGCAGCUGGAGAGGACAAUGGGCAGAGAGGCUACAUGUUGACCUUCGUCAUCGCUUACCUCCGGGACUUGGGGAUGGACUACUAUGUGAUUGGAGAGUCCUUUGAAACCUCUGUGCCUUGGGACAGGGUGUUGGACAUUUGCAGGAAUGUAAAGGCACGCAUUGUCCGAGAGUGUAAAGAGAAAGGAGUUCAGUUUUCACCAUUAUCUACCUGCAGGGUGACUCAGACAUAUGAUGCUGGUGCCUGUGUCUACUUUUACUUUGCCUUCAACUACAGAGGACUGAGUGAUCCAGUGCACGUGUACGAACAAGUGGAGCAUGGAGCUAGAGAGGAGAUCCUUGCCAAUGGAGGGAGCUUGUCACAUCACCAUGGAGUGGGGAAACUUCGGAAGGAGUGGAUGAGAGAGACCGUCUCCAAUGUCGGCAUGGGGAUGCUCAAGUCCGUCAAGGACUACGUGGACCCGAAUAACAUCUUCGGCAACAGAAACCUGCUCUAAGUCCCACUUCCUGUCCAUCUGUCUUUUUCUAAAAGCAUCUUAUUCAUUUUGAAUUAACAAGUACUAAAUGUGAAUUUAAAACGGACAGAGAUUUUGUCUUCUCCAUCAAAUGUGUGAUUCGGUGCCAUUUUUCACCCAAACCUUUUCUUUAACUGUAAUGCACUUGAUCUGCUGUAACAAUCACUUAUCAUUCAUGUUGAGGAUCAUUUUUAUUCUUGCUGCAGCCUCGGCUUCUUAUGCUACGACCACAAUGCAACUUUUGAUUUUUGUCAUACAUGCUUUUGUUUAACCGACUUAAACAUCCUUGCCAACACAGUUAAAACUGCUUGAUUUCAUGUUCCUCCAGUGAGUGUGUAAGGCACCUCUUUAGCGGUAAGUUCUAGAAGAAUACACUCUCUAAAGCUCUGUGCCUUUCUAAAGCUUUUGUCUGCCUUCCCUUCUCCUCCUACACACUUGUCAGUGCGUCCUUUUGUCGAGAAUAGGGGUCUGGGUAGUUUUCAGUGUCUUCCGUUUAUCUUUUCAUGCCUUCUUGCCUUCUGUUGUACUGACCUAUUGCCAUAAGAGACUUGUUUCUGGACCGAGUGUGAAUGUGUGUGUGCCUCUUCUGACAAACCAACUGAACCCUCUUGUUGUAAUCCACCAAAUUUUACAACAGUCCCUAGAUGUACAGUAUGAUUGCAAAGAGAUGUACCUUGUUUGAUUAGUUUUUGUGCAAAGAGCAUUUACCCUUGGUUUGUUACUGAAAAAGCAAAGUGGGAAAACAAAAAGCCAUUUUCAAACAUGCAUAUUUUUAGUUUGACCACGUUCUUUGUGUAAGGCCUCUGGAUCGCGGUGCUCACGUUGUACCAAAGACUCAAUUCAUCAGAUUAUGGAGACAUACUGUAAACAUUUUUUUUGUUAUCAUAACCACUGCAUUUAUAGUAAUUUCAUGCACAGCUAUACAGUUUUUUUUAAAUAUUAUUGUAUGCAAAAGUAACCAUUAACAUAGUACUUACAUGUAAAUAUUGGUGACUGUUACACAUGCUGAAACAUUCAACUUAACUUGGUUUAUUUAUGCUCAUGCCAAUUAUUUUUCCUGAUUAAUUGUUUAAUUGGAGCCCAACAAAACAUUUGUCAGCAUCCCAACAAUUCAGUGUUUCUAUCUUGUGUAAAAGAGGUUGUCUUUUUUUUUUUUUUUUUUUUGGAUACUGUAAAAUGCUACAUUUUGAUACUGGACUCUUUCCAUCUUCCCUCUGAUUUUGAAGGAGUUUUCAUCUUUAAUUCCCCUGAUCUGUGCUUUACAUUUUCCAGGACCAGUUUUUCCUUUUAUUCAUAUAAAUGAGAAUUCUUUGGGACCCAGCAUUUUACCCCAUGUGUCAAAAAAAAUGUGUGAGAAUGUUGUCCCCUCUCCCCCCAUGUCUUAACAACAUGGUGACAUCUAAGUACAUUAUGUCAAUGCUGUUUGUGCAAUAAACUGAACUAAAACACA